AGUACGAGGUUUGUUUUGUUGUUUGCAUUGUUAAAGACCUUCCUCCAUCAUUGUACUGUGAAAUUUAAAAUUAAAGGAACAGAAUUAAUUCACAAUGUAAAAGAAACAUUGGAAGAUUUAAGAAAAUUGAACAAAAAGAUCUUUUUCAUUACCAACAAUUCAUCAAAUUCAAGAAAAGGAUAUUUAAAGAAAUUCCAAUCUUUAGGACUUGAAAUUGAUGUUGUAGAAAUUAACAAGUCUGAAAUAUUGUCAUCCUCAUAUGCAGCUGCUGUUUAUGUGAAAGAACACGGAAUUAAAACAGCCUACGUAAUUGGAGGUGAUGGAAUCAAAGAAGAAUUACAAUUAAUUGGAGUUGAAGCUGCUGCAUUUGAUGAACAUUUAGGUAAACCAUUAAAAGAAGAAGAAUUUAUGGGAGAAUGGGAAGAGUUUACAAAAAGAUAUCCAGUUGACAAAAUUGGAGCAGUCAUUGUUGGAUAUGAUAAUAGAUUCAAUAACUUUAAAUUAGCAAUGGCACAUCAAAUUUUGAGAGAAAAUCCAAAUUGUUUAUUCAUUGCAACAAAUACUGACGCAACUCUUCCUUACAAACAAGGUUUGUUCUUACCAGGAGGUGGUUGUUUUGUUUCAGCACUUUCUACAUGUAUUGGAAGAAAGCCAGAUAUUGUUGCUGGUAAACCUUCAACCUUACUACUUGAUACUGCACUCAGUAUUCUCUAUCAUGAUUCAGAAAAUCAAGUUACAAGUGAAAAUAAGCAUGAAACUGUUUGUAUGGUUGGUGAUAGAUUAGAAACUGAUAUUACACUUGGAAAUAGAGUUGGUGUGAAGAGUGUUUGUGUUUUAACAGGUGUUGCUCACAGAGAUCAAUUG